UAGACAGUAUCGUGCCGUGUCUCCUUAUCUUCCCCGCACAGUCUCGCCUCUUUCUCGUCCACCGAAGCGGCGGCUCCGAUCGCCGUCCAUGGAGAGGAGCGUCCUCGACUACGUCCUGGUCCCGGCGGGCCUGCUCGUGAUGCUGGCGUACCACGCCUGGCUGCUCCACCGGAUCGUCAGGCACCCGAACAAGACCGUCAUCGGCGUCAACGCCAUCAACCGCCGCUUCUGGGUUCAGGCGAUGAUGGAGGACUCGCCCAAGAACGGAGUGCUCGCGGUGCAGACGCUGCGCAACAACAUAAUGGCGUCGACCCUCCUGGCCUCGACGGCCAUCAUGCUCACCUCCCUCAUCGGCAUCCUGAUGACCGGCGGCAACGGCGACCGGUCCGUCUUCUUCGUCUUCGACGAGAAGAGCAACCGCAGCUUCUCCUUCAAGUUCUUCGCCAUCCUCGUCUGCUUCCUCGUCGCCUUCCUCUUGAACGUCCAGUCCGUCCGCUACUACAGCCACGGCAGCAUCCUCGUCAACACGCCCUACAAGAAGAUGUCGCCCGACCACCGGCACCACCAGGUGACGGCCGAGUACGUGGCCACCACCGUCAACCGGGGGAGCUACUUCUGGUCCCUCGGGCUCCGCGCGUUCUACUUCUCGCUGCCUCUGUUCCUGUGGCUCUUCGGGCCGGUCCCGAUGUUCGCGAGCUGCUUCGUGCUGGUGGUCAUGCUGUACUUUCUGGAUGUCACCGUGGACUUCGGAUGGGCCGUCGUUCCGCACCACGAGGAGGAGAAGGGCGGCGUCGGCGGAGGUAAUAGAGACGAAGAAAGUGGUUGAACAGAAACGUAAGUGACGACUGAGACCGGUCUAUAAAUUAACACUCGAACUGAUGCGAUGGAUUCGACGCCCAGUGAGAAUCUGUCGUGUCACUUCUUGUGUUGAAUUCAUAGAUCGAUCUUAGAGUACUUUAGUAUAUUAAAAAAUCCGUUAGAAUAAACUGGACUGGGCAGCGUAGGUUUCAAUCCAAGUUGAAAUGGAGCUCCCAAAACUUUGUCCUCGUUUUGUUUCUCUGUUGUUGUAGCAGCAUAUUCCAUGUCCUUUUCUCUAGCGGUGACGAAGAGAAGGAUUUGAACUUUGUCUUGUUGCGUU